CUCGCGGAGCUCUGCGCUCGCUUCCCGCUCAGUCCGCGGGCCGAAGGGUGUGGUCUGAGGGGCUAGAUUCCCCCAGUUGCUGGGGUCGGGGCCGAGCGGAGACUUCGGAAGGGAAAGGCGGCCACAGUGCGGGGACUGAGGGUGUUGCGGAGGCGGCCCAGAGGAUGGCCAGGGGGAAAGGUGCGAGUGAGGAAAAGGCGUCUCAGUGGGUCGAGGUGUUGGAUCCAGGCGCCCCCUCUGGGCUGAGGAGUCAGAGGGAGGAAAAUGGCGCCCUCUCUUGACCGGGUGGGGCCUGAGUUGAGGGGAGCAGGCGGAGGGGCACCGAGGCCAGCCUGACCUGAGGGACCAACAUGACCACCCCCAGCCGAAGUGAACGAGUUCCAGUGAGGUGCACUGAUUCAAACAAAAUCCUUCUGGAGCACUGGUGUGCUCCAGCUGGGGAUGCAGCGGCCUGGCAGGCGCGGGCCCGCCCUCAUGGAAUUUGCGUGCUCCAGUGGGGAGCCAGGCAACACACAGCUCUUCUCUUCUUCAGGAAAUUACCUCAGGAUUUGAAUCAUCACAAGAGUUUCAGCAGAAGAUUUUAUACAUUUGGGCUGUGGCAACAGACCAAUUAUACCCACAACACCAGGGCUGGAACUCUGAAACCACAUUCUCCUUUGCUAGCUGGUACCCUGUUAGACUCUGCUAAUAGAGGGCACAGGAGGAAAAUUACAAGGCUGGAGGAAGAAACUUGUUCUUUCCUAUUUUCCAGCUUGUUUGGAAAUGGAAAAGCAAGGGCUGAAUUCAAUGUCAUAACCCAACCUCCAGCUUUCCAUACAACUAUGAUGGGGAUACGCCAGAGACCCCUAAGACAACAGACCUGCUGGGACACAGAAAUUAACAUCAGAGGCAACUCCUAAAGCCCAUUUCUUCCUGGACUUCAUAGAUGGCUGGAAUCUGCUUGCCUAUUUGCUAUAGUCACUCUUGUUUCAGACUUACAAUUGGAAGCUGUCCGAAUGAUCCAAUUUUGCAUCCUUUAGCAAAGCACUAGAAAUGGGUGGAGAUGUCUUCUGGAAUCUGGAAUCCAAGUCUCCGGGGAAGGAAGGCUUGGCAGGGUGUCCACUAGAUCUUUUAAAACAUUUUUAUUUUUCUCUCUGGACAAGAAAAUGAGGCAUUUGGCAGCCAAUGUGAUCUAAAAGUCCUUCUCUUAUGGGUUUGUCUCAGAAUUUUUAAAACUCUGUAAUUCAGAAGAUGGGUGGUUGACUGUCUUACCUGCCAGUAAGAAAUGAGUUUGUUUCUAAAUCCCCCCUUCAAGAAGCAGAGCCCAGAAUGAGGACCUGCCUAGUAUGAACACCCUGUCCUAAGUGGGAGAGUGGACCCCAGCAUCCCUGUCCCCACCCCUCAGAGGACAGGGUGAACUCAGCCAGCCCCAGUGCCACAGCCCGUGAUAUAAUGUAAUAAUGCUCUUGUAAUUUCUCCCUGAACCCAUCCUACAGCCCCACAUGGGCUGCUCCCAGGCCCGGGCCCACCCCCCUCCCAGAACUCAGUUAACAAGAACUCAGCCCCUGCACUGCUGCCCAGAUGAAGCCACCCACACCCGGCACUCCUGGGACAUGUGUGGAUUGCACUACAGAUGCAGAGGCAUUUUGAAAGGCAAGGUUGUGCUGUAAAGCCUGUCACUCCUCCACCUUCCUCACUCCACCCUCCCCCUCCCCCUUUUCUGCUUUGAUUUCCCUGGAGUGUCAGACACAUUUUUCCAUGUGGCCCA